GGGGCCUCGUUGCUAUGACGGCGACAACAGGCGGUUGGGUCGCUUGGAGUUGGAAGCUGAGUGGAAAGAAGCGACAAAAUGAUGCUGUCACGUGCAAAACCUGCUGUCAGUGGGGAAACACUGCAGAUGGAUAAAAAGAAGAAGAAGGGGAAAAAGAUUCCAAAGUUGGAGGAAUAUCUGACCAGCAGAGACUACUCGGGGGCCCUGACAUUGUUGGAGUUCAAGCGGCAUGUGGGGGAGAAUGAGGAAGAUGUUGACUUGUGGAUAGGAUACUGUGCGUUCCAUCUUGGAGAUUAUAAGCGGGCCAUGGAGGAAUAUGAAGUCCUGACGAAGAAUGAAAACUGUCACCCUGAUGUUUGGGUGAAUCUAGCAUGUACUUACUUUUUUCUGGGCAUGUACAAGGAGGCAGAGGAAGCAGCAAUGAAAGCUCCUAAAAGUCGAUUGCAGAAUCGCCUGUUAUUUCACCUGGCUCACAAGUUCAGUGACGAGAAGCGGUUGAUGAACUACCACCAGAAUCUACAGGACAUCACUGAGGAUCAACUCAGUCUAGCUUCAAUCCACUACAUGCGUUCCCAUUACCAGGAAGCUAUUGAUAUCUACAAACGCAUCCUGCUUGACAACCGGGAGUUCAUGGCCUUGAAUGUUUAUGUAGCUCUCUGCUACUACAAAUUGGAUUACUAUGACGUUUCCCAGGAGGUUCUGGCAGUCUAUCUGCAACAUUAUCCUGACAGCACUAUCGCACUGAACCUGAAAGCCUGCAAUCACUUCCGACUUUACAAUGGCAAGGCAGCAGAGGCAGAACUGAAAAAUUUAAUGGACAUUGCAUCUCCUGUGUUUGAUUUUGCGAAGGAGCUCAUUAAGCACAAUCUGGUGGUGUUCCGUGGUGGAGAUGGCGCUCUGCAGGUCCUCCCACCACUUAUUGAUGUCAUCCCUGAGGCCAGGCUCAACCUCGUUAUCUAUUACCUCCGGCAAGAUGAUGUACAGGAGGCCUAUAAUCUUAUCAAGGACCUGGAGCCAACAACUCCCCAGGAAUAUAUCCUGAAAGGUGUGGUGAAUGCGGCUCUUGGUCAGGAACAGGGUUCGAGGGAGCACCUGAAGAUUGCACAACAAUAUUUCCAGUUAGUUGGAGGCUCUGCCAGUGAAUGUGAUACCAUCCCUGGGCGUCAGUGUAUGGCCUCCUGUUUUUUUCUACUGAAGCAGUUUGAGGAUGUUUUGAUCUAUCUAAACUCUGUCAAGAGUUACUUCUAUAAUGAUGACCUCUUCAACUUCAACUAUGCACAGGCAAAAGCAGCUGUUGGCAACUUCAAGGAGGCUGAGGAGGUUUUUCAACUGAUUCAGAGUGAGAAGCUGAAGAAUGACUACAUUUACCUCAGCUGGCUGGCCCGUUGCUAUAUCAUGAACAAGAAGCCCCGUCUGGCAUGGGAACUUUAUCUGAAGAUGGAGACAUCGGGAGAAUCCUUCAGCCUGUUGCAGCUCUUGGCCAAUGACUGCUACAAGAUGGGACAGUUCUACUAUGCUGCAAAAGCUUUUGAUGUGCUUGAGCGGCUGGAUCCAAAUCCGGAGUACUGGGAAGGAAAACGUGGAGCAUGUGUUGGGAUUUUUCAAAUGAUUUUAGCGGGUCGAGAACCAAAGCCCCUCCUUUUGUUGAUCUCUUCACUGUUCCUCCCAAAAUGCAUCACACAGGACUUCUCUAGAUUGUAUUUGACCGGUCAUAUAUUCGCCCAUUUCGGACACCAUGAGAGAAGUUCUCCAUCUCCUUCGGAAUACUGGGAAUCCUCAGGUGGAAUACAUAAUCCGAACCUUAAAGAAAUGGGCCAAAGACAAUCGGUUAGCUGUUUAAAGGCCCAGAGCAAAACGACCAAGAAAUAGAGUGAGGGCCGGAAGGAAGUGCUGCCUUCUUAAUGAUGGACUCUGUUUCUCUCACUGUGUGAGUAGUUAUUGCGCAGCCCCAACAAACAGCUCUCGGGAUGUGCAAUGAUGCAGUGCAGUGCUCCAUGGAAGAUGCUUGCUGCUGUCUGAUUGACUGCAGUCAAAUGAUCUGCCAAAAUUAAAACUACGCAUUUAACGCAGUUUCAAUUCCCUUUGUUACUUUGCUGCCCUUGAUGAAUAAAGAUUAUAUUGAGCGCUUCCAUGUCUGCACUGUCAAAUUAUACUACUGCACACUGACCCCUAUUGUUAUAUUUUUCUCUGCAUCCACUUAGCUGAGCAGGUCACAGGGCAAAAGUGGCUUCAUAAAUUACAAAAUCCCUUUAAAUGUCUGUUACGGAAGCUAUACUUUCCCCACUUCACGUGAGUAUGCAAUAGUCACACUCAAAGAAAAUACCUGUAAUUUCAAAUGACUUGUUGUUCUCCUGUCCUGCAACUUUUAUCAGAAAACUGCUCGCUGGUUUGUUUAUUUGGUUGGGUUCAAGCUCACUACAUGGUGAGCAAGUCUACAGAUUAAUAGCAAACAUGCCAUCAGAGCAUUUGCCCCAGCAAUGGUCCCACCAUAUGGAUACCAGAUACAGUUUACCCACAUGUAGACUUCCUGCCAGGAGCAGUGCUAAGCAGCAGUGAUAGUUUCUCUCCACUCCCCCCAGUCCAGAAGUAAUAAAGUGUCAGGCAUCCCACAUGCUGUGGGCACAGACUUCCAGUAAGAGAGAAGCAGCAGAGGCUGGGCAGGGAGCAGGUUGACACUCAGAGCUGUGGAAUAAGAAAUGCAAUGGGGGAGCAAAACAAGGCAAAACAGUCCAAUUUGCUAACCAGUAUCCUGCACUGGAGAGUGUGCACAGUUGUACCAGAUGUGAAUAGAUCAGGCUCAACUGUGAUGCCCCGCUCUCAGUGGAAUAAGCUAUAGAGACUCCGCAUCAAGUUCAUGUUUGUAAAGAACACCUAUUUGCAUGAGGUGCCUAGUCCUGUGCCCAUGGGACCGAAAUCUAACACCAGUCAGCAGCUCAGGGUGAACCUUUUCACAUAAAAAUUGUUCAAUACAAUGUUUACUGGUUAAUAUCAAUGUGCAGUUUGGUUAUUGGUAUUCUGUAUCCAUGUCUGUUUUUGCAUAAUUCUUAUAUAUUUAGUAUACUUGUAAAUUAUUUUGUGUAAAUAAAGCAUUUAUUUGCAACACACUC